GGAGUGGUGAACCCGUAGGAAAGAGUGCAAACAUGGCCUCGUUGUUGCGGUCCGGUAGCGUUGGCAAAAUAUUUAGUGGUUUUAGACGGGUCUUGACCUCUCAGCCCCUGCGACACGAGGCCCUGACCCUCCACAGGCCCCAGGGCCAGUCACUGUGCUCCGCCGUGACCAGAUUGCUGUCAGCUCAGAGGCCUGCUGAGAGUGCAUCUUCCUCACCCUCUCCAUCACAGGGCAUAGAUCGUGCCCUGUACCGCAUCGACACAGACAUCCGGCGAACAGGUCGCAUUUUUCUUAGAGAUGUUGAGGACAUCUUCAAUGAGAUCAAGACUCUAAAACACGCAUCCAGCACACAGUCUCUGCUGCUGCUCCGUUGCUGUGGAAGUCUGGUGCCAGAAGAACAGCCUGAAGUGCGGAACAAGUUAGUGCAGGAUAUCUGGGACACCCUACAAGAUCUUGGGGUGCCCUUGGACAUCAGCCAUUACAACACACUUCUUCGAGUGUACUUGGAGAAUAAUCACAAAUUUUCCCCGACGGAAUUUCUGGCACAGCUGGAAAGGAACGGCGUGGAGCCCAACAGAGUGACCUAUCAGCGCCUCAUUGCAAGAUACUGCCAGGAUGGAGAUAUUGAGGGCUCCACCAAGAUCCUGGAGUUUAUGAAGGAGAGACAGCUACCAGUGGGGGAGAAUAUCUUCAAUGCACUCAUCACAGGACAUGCCAGAGCACAUGACAUAGACAGUGCCUGGACUGUACUGGAUGUAAUGCGGAGCUCUGGCCUUGAACCCACAUCUGACUCCUAUGCAGCCCUUCUGGUGGCCCAUGCAGAGAUCGGAGAUGCUGAGGGUUUGCAGCGCACCUUUACGGAGUGUGAAGCGGCUGAGCUGACGCUCCAUGACCGAGACCUUCUGGAGGCAGUGUUCACCCUUGCCACUCAUGACCACCUUGGCCUCAUACCUCAGGUGCUGGACAAGCUUCACCGCCAGCAGGGCUACGUCCAUGAUGCCAUGAACGUCAUCUACCGUCUGGUGAAUGCUGGCUGCCACCAGACUGCUCAGCAGGUGUUCGCCACCAUCCGGGUGCCACAGGCUAGUGAGGGCCAGCUACAGGCUCCCUUUGCAGGGUCAUUCUUCGUCCGACACCUGGUCAAGAGUGGCACCACGCCAAUGACACGAGUGGUUGAGUACUGCCAGGACCUGAAGGAGAAAGGACUUAACCCACUGGCUCUGGAAACAGCCCUCAACUCUGCUCUGAUGAAUGGCUUUCCCGAGGAGUCCCUCUUCCUGAUGAGAGUCAUGAAGGAUGAAGGCUGUGUUCUGCGGCCACACUACUUCUGGCCCGUCUUUCUCCAUCACAGCAAGAAUGGUGACACUCAAAAAGUGUUCAAGACAGCUAGAGAGAUGGUGGACUUUAACGUACCUGUCACCCUUGAGACCCUUCGGAACUAUGUAAUUCCUGGACUUGCUGCACAAGGUCACCUAGAUACUGAGGGUGUUAUUGCUGGCCUCAAGGAAGCCGGGAUACCUGUGCCACUUGUUGUCAAUGGGAUGGUGGCCUUCCUGAUGGACACAAACAACACUUCAGAGGCGGCCAAGCUGUUGUCCAGGUACAGAGUGAGGGUAAAGACAUCUCUUCGGAAGGACCUUGCAGACUGCUAUGUUAGGUCUGGAGAGGCUUCUGCAGUUGUGGCUGUAUUGGGCCAGAUUCUAAACCACCCUCAAGACUCUGUUAACACCGAGAGAGAAGAUGCUGCAACCCAGAAAGAUGCCGAUGAGGAUGGUGCCAGGGAGGAGCAGCAACAGCCACAGGACAUUGCAGCCAUGUUCCUUCUUGAUGUGGCUUUCAUAAGUCAGAGAAGUAACAGGCCAGAGAAGCUCUGGGAAGUUUUGCAGGAGAUGGAGCAGCGAGGCAUUGGCAUUAGUGCAGCAGGAAGAGAUGCCAUCAGGACCAGGCUGCCCUUUGAAAUCAAUAGAAGUGUUGAGGAGGCCCUGGAGGGAAUGUGUUCAGGAAACCUCACAUUCCAGCCUCUUCGCCGGGAAGCUCAGGAACAUUAUAGUCAGCGCAGUGCAAGAGACUUGGAGCAACGUCUCCUGGAACUGCAAAACAAAAACCUCCCAACUGCCUCAGUAGAGAGCUAUCUCUUAGUGGCCUACAUAAGAGGAAAAGAAGUGGAGAAAGCAGAAGCUCUCAGGCAGCGGAUGGAAGCCGAUGGACUCGCAUUGGGCACAGGUGCCUAUGUACUGUUAGUGGACAUGUAUGUUGGAAUGGGUGAACUGAAGAAGGCUAUGGAUACCCUAGAGAAACUUAUGGCUCAGGAGCCUGAGGCUAGACUCACUCCCACCAAAUACCUGCGGCUGGCUCUCCUCAUGGCUCAACACGGCAUGACAGAAGAUGCAGUGCGGCUGGUUGAACAACACAUUGAGCAGGAGAGUAGCGCCAAUAGUGGAGAGGAUACCACCUUGUCCAUUGCUCAUGCGCGACGCUUAUUGGAACAGCUGGUUGAGCAGGGUGGUAACCAGCCUGCUCGCCAUGUUCUAGACCUGCUGCUCACACAUAAAGUGGUGCCCCUUUCCAGCUCCCUCUUUAACCCCUUCAUUAAGGCACAUAUCACCAAGGAUGACCUUGGAUCUGCUUUGGAAGAGUUUGAAGCCAUCUGUCAGGCACACCGGCUCACCCCCAUGAAACAAGAGCUUAUCACACGAUGUAUAAAUGUUGAGGACGGAGAGAGGUAAGAUUUGAGUGUUUCAA